AUGGCCUCCCGUUUCCUUGUUUUUGGUCUUCCCCGGUCCCUCCCUCCCCUUCCUCAGGGGCCUGGCCCUACCUGUGUCCCCUAUGUCGAGGGGCGGCAGCGCGCUGCCCCUCACUCCUCCCAGUUCCCUCCGACAGAGGCCCCGCUGCAGAUGCUUCACAUGGACGUGUGGGGCCCAGCCUGCGUCCGUGGACAGGGUCACGAGCGCUACUUCCUGCUAGUGGUUGACGACUACUCGCGUUACACCACAAUCUUCCCCUUGUGUAGCAAGGGUGAUGUUACUGAGGUGUUGAUCGACUGGAUCCGCGCAGCUCGUCUCCAGCUCAGGCAGAGCUUCGGCUCGGAAUUUCCUGUUCUGCGUCUGCACUCUGACAGAGGCGGAGAGUUCUCCUCUGGCCUUCUCCGAGCCUACUGUCGUGCACGAGGCAUCCGUCAGACCUUCACGCUUCCGGACUCCCGCAGCAAAACGGGAUUGCUGAGCGCCGCAUUAGCAUGGCCGGAGACCUCCCUAGCUUUGCUGUGGACGGGGAAGGUUGGCGAUGCGUCUGCGUUCCGUGUCUGGGGAUCUCGGGCGUUUGUCCGCGACUUGUCUGCGGACAAGCUGUCCCCUCGUGCUGCUCCCUGCGUCUUCCUGGGGUUCCCCCUUGACGCGCCCGGGUGGCAGUUCUAUCACCCCACCUCGCGCCGUGUUCUGUCCUCUCAGGACGUCACGUUUGACGAGUCGGUCCCCUAUUACCGCCUCUUCCCCGACCGCACUUCGUCCCUCCCCCCACCACCACUCUUCCUUGUACCAGGUCCCCCCCCGGUAGACCACCUCCCCCCUCAGGACCCUGCCCCUUCAGGUGUGUCCCAUGUAGACGCAGUCGAGCCUGUUGAGGUUACAGGUGACUCUGGUGCUGCUGAGGGUGCUGAGCCUGAGGGUGCUGAGCAUGUGGGUACUCCUCCUAAGGGUGCUGAGCCUGGGGGUGCUGAGCCUGGGGGUGCUGAGACUAGGGGUGCUAAGACAGGGGGUGCUGAGCCUGGAGGUGCUGAGCAUGGGGGUGCUACGCCUGGGGGUGCUGAGCCUGGGGGUGCUGUGCCUGGGGGUGCUACACGUGGAGGUGCUGAGCUUGGAGGUGCUACGCCGGGAGGUUCUUGGCGCGAGCCACUCUCUCCAUAG